AUGGAGCAGCUGCGGGAGGCAGAGCACUGCUCUGGUUCCAAGAAUGAGCAGAUCGCUUUCUGCAAAGGGCGAAUUGUGAGGGUGCCCAAAAGCCCACUCAUUCGAGUCGAAGGUACAGAGACGGUGAUCCCUUGCAAUGUUACUGACUACGAUGGACCCAGUGAGCAGAACUUUGACUGGGAAUUUUCCCAGGGAACUGACUUUGUGCGGAUAAUGAGUACCUGGGACUCCUUAUUCACCUCCCAGCAAUACCAGAAGAGGGUUGGCAGCGGGGAAAUCGUGCUGAGGCGGAGCAGCAAUAAUGCUGUGGAACUUCUGAUCAGAAGUGUCCAGCCAGUCGACCAAGGAGAAUACAAGUGCACCACUCCCAGCACAGAUGCUACUGUUCAGGGAAAUUACGAUGCUACAGUCCAAGUGAAAGUGAUUGCCGAUGGCUUAACUGUGAGUGGAUCUAAAGCCCGGUCCUCGAAACCUCGCAAACUGUCUGAGGGAGACUCAUUUGAAUUACGCUGCUCAGCUUCCACCACCUCCUCAGAACACACUCACCUGCAAGUUACUUGGGAGCUGAAGAAUGGCCCAGCCUGGCAGGAAAUCCUCUCUCUGACACACGAGGGCAAGUUCCAGCCCAGCCCGGAGUAUGAAGAGCGCUACCUUAGUGGAGAUGUGCGCUUGGACACAGUGGCAAAUGACAUUUACCGACUCUCUGUAUCCCAGGCGCUGCCAAUGGAUGAGGGCCUCUACAGGUGUCUUGUGAGCGAGUGGGUGAAAGAUGCAGAUAGUUCCUGGCAGAAGAUUCAGGAGAAGAAUGUGGAAGUAGCAAGCGUGAUAAUCCAACAGACUGUUCUGGAUGUGCUUAUUGCCACAAGCAACAUGUCUGUGACUGAAAGGGACUCCCUGGACCUAACCUGCAACAUCACAACAGACAGAAGUGGCAUCUUCCAAGCUCAGGUGACGUGGUACUUCAGUGAGUCACGUGAUGAUACCUUGUCGGAUGCCCAAGUUUUGUUGAGUGUGGACCGUGAUUCUGUGGUCAGCGACUCUCCCCUCAUCAGCCUGAGUCACGUGGAUAGAAAUUCCUAUCACCUGCUGAUGCGUGAUGUGGGUGUGGAAGACUCUGGCUACUAUUUCUGCCAAGCAGCUGUCUGGGUGCCACAGCACAAUGGGAGCUGGCACAAAGUGGUGGAGAAGACAUCUUCACCAGUCAGCGUGGUGGUGACAGCAUUAGAGCUGGACUACCAGAUAGUUCUGAAUGCUUCUAAAACACCUAAAUUUUCAGACGACCCCACAGAACUGGAGUGCAGGAUCAUGAAUGCACAGAACACAGAAGCAAACCUACGUUUGACGGUCUCCUGGUACUACAGAAUGCGCCUGCGCAGUGACGCUGUUGUGACGGAUGAACUUCUUGCCACUAUGGAUGCAGACUGGACGUUGCAGGUUGGGGAUAAGAGCAGAGAGAGGACCCAGAAUGGGGAAAUAAUUUUCUCUAAACAGGCCGUGGAUACUUUCAGUUUACGAAUCCAGUGGACUUCUGAAGCAGACAGAGGGGAUUAUUACUGUGUCGUCUCUGCCUGGAGCUGGCACCACAACAACAGUUGGGUAAAGAGCAAGGAUGUGACUUCCAUGCCAGUCAGUGUUUUCUGGGCUACCCAAGAUUAUACACUAACAGUGGAGGCGGUGAAACUGAAGCCGUUCUUCGUGGCAGGCCACACCUUUGAGAUGACAUGCAAGGUGUCUUCCCAAAACAUCAAGACCCCGCGUUACUCUGUUCUCAUUACAGCAGAAAAGCCACUGAUGGACCAGUCAAACCCUCAUGGAACCACUCGCAUAAUCUCCUUGAACCAGGAUUCGGUGGUACGACUGGAAGACUGGACAGACCAGACCCGAGUGGAUGGUGUGGUCCUGGAGAAGGUUCAGGAGAACGAGUUCCGCUAUAGGAUGUACCAGACGCAGAUGUCUGACGCUGGUCUGUAUCGCUGCGUGGUAACUGCCUGGUCCCCAGGCGGCGGGGGCAUGUGGCGAGAGGCAGUGAAUGGCUUAUCCAAUCCCAUCCAGAUAGAUUUCCAAACCUCAGGUCCUGUGUUUAAUGUCUCGGUGCAUUCGGACAACCCAACGGUUUACCAGGGCGAGCUGGCAGAUCUGCUCUGCAUUGUCACCAUCGACGGAGUGGCACUUGAGCCAGAUGAUCUGUCCUUCGAUGUGUCCUGGCUUGCUGUGCAUUCCUUUGCACUGGACAGAACCCCUGUCUUGCUAGCUUCCUUGGAUCGGAAAGGGAUCGUGACACAGGCCAGGAGGAACUGGAGCAGCGACGUCAGCCUGGAGAGGAUCAGCCCCAUGGAGUUCCGGCUGCGGGUGCAUGGCUCGGAGGACCAGGAUUUCGGCAACCAUUACUGCACAGUAACCCCUUGGGUGCGAUCAGCCACAGGUGUCUGGCAGCGGCAACCGGAGAUCAAAUCCAAGCCCAUAUUCGUAUCUGUGAAAAUGGAUGUGCUGAACGCUUUGAAAUAUCCACUGUUGAUAGGCAUUGGUCUAGCCACCAUCAUCGGACUCUUAUCCUGCCUCAUUGGCUACUGCAGUUCCCGCUGGUGUUGCAAGAAGGAAGUACAAGAAACCAGACGGGAGCGACGCCGGCUAAUGUCUAUGGAGAUGGACUGA